AUGGAAAACGUUUAUAUUGAGGGUGAUACCGUUGAUGAAAAAUUAUGUUAUGUAGAAUGUUCACAGGAGCAACAUAAAACAAAUUCACAUCCUCAGGAAUCAUUACAACCCAAAGAAGGCGAUGAUAAAGCCGAAAAUACGCAUCAAAUAACGUACAUCAGCGGUCGGGAUAAACCUAAAGUUGAAGCUGGAAGAAGGUUUGACCAGGUAAUUAGAGACGAUGGAAAGAGUCAACGCGUAAAAUUUGAUGAAAAUUCAGCAAAACGAAAGGAAGAAGUUAACAAACUUGUUCCAGGAUGGUGCGAGUAA